GGGGAGCGACAGGGCCGGCGGCACGGCACGGCUCGGCACGGCUCGGCAGGACGCGCCCCGCCGCCGAUAUGGUGUCCCCCGUCACCGUGGUGAAGAGUGAAGGCCCCAAACUGGUGCCCUUCUUUAAAGCGACUUGUGUCUAUUUUGUCCUCUGGCUGCCAACUUCCAGUCCUUCCUGGUUCAGUGCCCUCAUCAAAUGUUUGCCCAUCUUCUGCCUGUGGGUUUUCCUUCUGGCUCAUGGAAUUAACUUUUUAGUGGCACACCGGAGCGCCAGCCGCAUCCUAGCAGGACUGAUAUUCUCAGCAGUGGGAGAUGCCUUUCUCAUCUGGCAGGAGCAGGGCUACUUCAUUCAUGGUCUGCUGAUGUUUGCCAUCACACACAUCCUGUACUCCUCAGCCUUUGGCAUGAAGCCUUUGGACCUGAAAGCCGGCUUGAUGAUGGGCCUCAUUUCCAGUUCCUGUUAUGCCUUCCUGUACUCCUACCUCUCGGGCCCAUUCACCUACCUGGUAGCUGUCUACAUCGCCUUGAUCGGCUUCAUGGGCUGGCGAGCGGUCGCUGGCAUGCAGCUGUGCAAUGACCUCUGGACAUGGACCAAGCUCUCGGCCUGCAUUGGAGCAAUGCUUUUCAUGGUGUCGGAUCUGACCAUCGCAGUCAACAAGUUCUGCUUUCCUGUACCCUACUCGCGUGUUAUCAUCAUGGCUACUUACUAUGCAGCUCAGAUGCUUAUUGCACUGUCAGCUGUAGAGAGCAGAGAUGAAGAGGACUUCAAAAAGAGGAGCUAGGUGGAGUGCCGACAGUCUGCGAACAAUGUGGGUUAUAUCUCAGGUGCUGUAGCUGCAUUCACCCCUGAGAGAGAUCUCCAUUUCUCUAGGCAUAUUGGUGAUGUUGAUUUUGCUUCUUUGAAGCAUUACCUUUGGGGCUUUAUUUUCAAUGGCUUUCUCUGAAUAUUGCUUACUUCAGUGUGGAGUCCACGUCAGAAAGCUUAAAAUUGUCCCUGCAGUAGCUACUCAUUCAAUUUUUCCACCUUGGAAGUUCUGUACUACUGCACUUUAUUUGUUAAUCUUGAAACUGAUGCUGAAUGUCUGGGAGUAGGAGACCCAAUGGACAAGUUUGGCCAUGCACUGUUCUAGGAGACUUGCUUUCAAUAGUAGGCAGACAGGCACAGAUCUCUGCUAAAGCCAUACGUAAAAUGAAUUUAACCAGUGUUUAAGUUAGCCUGUUCUUGUGCAUUACAAACUCAAUACACAAACUGGAGCUAUUUGAGCCUCUGCUGAAAGGAAGCCUGUAGCUAUAGUGAAAACAUCACAUUCAGAUGAGGACUGAGCUUUGGAGUCAACAGCAGCAUGUUGGGCAGCCCCUAGCAAAACCUGGAUGAGAGCCAAACACCGAGCAGAGAGCCCAGCAUGAGGUGCACAGAGAUGAAGUGCUGUGUGCUUUGAUAGCUGCUGAUCAAAGCUCUAGAGCAAGUCUAUGGAGGCCUGUCAGCAUUGCCAUGUGCAGCAGAAAUAGUAGCUUGGUGGGAUUUUAGGGUCAUCCAGGCAGGCAGGCCAGUGCAUUCUUCUCUACUACAUGUGUACAAUUACACAGUGUCAGCAGCCACCAGUGACAGCAUGGACGCACGAGGAUCAUUGGUUUCUGUAGCAGGAGUUAGAGGGUGUUACUAAUGUGUGUCCUAUUUGUGUCUAAUACGGCAGAUAGGAAUCUAACAUUUACACCUUUCUUUCUCAGAAUUCUAACAAAUAACAUUCCAUAUACUCAUGAAACUUUACUGUCCUGCUGCUUGCAGCACUUCUGAAUGUGUGAGCAUUUCCCACGUGUGAUCUGGUUAGUCAGGGCCCUUAUUUUGACUGUAGAUUGUUGUGUUUUGCCAGCUGGUGGCUGAUGUUCAGGUUUGUAGCACUUGUGUUUGGAAACCCCUUUUCAGCAGAGCAUCCUGAAAAGCACAGUUCUCUGUGUUCAAAGUGCCUGCCGCUUCCUUCUUGAGCUCACAUGGAUGCAGUGAGAAUGUGGGAAAGCCUGUUUAAUUCUGACCCAAAUUCUUUACUUGGUUUUUCUGCCCAUCUGCUGAAGCAAGAUUACUUCUGACUUCACUCUCUUAAAAAGAUGAGAAAGAGGUUGCCCUGGUUUUUUUGUUGUUGUUGUUGUUUUUAAUACCAGACUGAUUUGUGAUCGUAUGUGUAUUUUCUCCUCUUAUUUAGGACAUCUGACAGCAAGCUACAUUUCCAUUUGAAUCUCACUCGAAUGUGCUCUUUCCCUCUGUCCAUCCUAAAGUUGUUACUAUGGGCGGAGAUGCUCUCCCACUUGUUGUAAAGACACAACCAGCUCAUCCAGGUGCAAAGGAAGUUGCUAAGGGUUCCUGCAAAUCUUCAACCUGUGGCCAAAAAGGGAUGACCAAAAUAGACUGCACGUGACCCAAAUCCAUGCAGGUCCUAAUAAACCCGUGCAUUCUUUUGUAUGGCAGAGUGAACAGGAGGGGCAGCCUUCCAGAUUGUCCUCAUGGGUUGAAAACCACCGUGGUUGCCAUACCUCACAUGCCCAGACCAUUCCAGGCAAAAGCCUGGCACUGAGUCCCUGGCACCGAGUCCCUGGCACCAUCAGCAGAGCAGAGGAAUUCCUCUUUCCAGGGAGGGCAGCUGGGGUCAGGGGCCAGCUGAGGAAACAUCCUUAGCUUUUCCGUUGGUGCUGAGAGGUGUUAAGUGACUCUCCUGUUCCUCUCCAGCCUUCUGUGUUGGGACUGGGCGUAGAACAGGCAUUGCCUGCCCACAGUUGGUGCAUCAGCGCCAAUGCAACCAGUAUUACAAAAAUCUAGGUUAACCAUCCUGACCCCAUGGAAUCAUCUACUGCUUUUCAGAGAGAUCAGAAAGGUCAGCUGCGUUGUUGAGAGGGAAAGCAUUGUAAAUAGCACAGUCCGGUUUAAUCUCUUCCCUUUAAUGCUGUUGUGUAAUACUGUCAGUAUUCAUUCACCAGUGCGCUGGGGUCUGCCUGGAGUAAACUGCUAAGGGAAUUUAGAGCCAUAAAACAUCUUCAUUCAUCAGCAUUGCUUAUCUCCUGGCCGCAGCUUGAACCCUGCAGUGUAGCUCUUUGCAGAUGUCAGCUGCUGUUACUAAGCUUAACUGUUUGCAAAUCUCUUUCUGCAAAGGACUGACCCAGCUAAGAGGAAAUGUGAGCAUUUGGGGUGAACCCCACCAUUCUCCCAGCACAUAAGAGCAUGUUUCAGUCUGGGUCAGCUCAGUACGCUCAAUCUUUAUUCUGGCAGUUCUUCAGAGAAACUCCCUGUGCCCUGAGCUACCCAGGUGACCUCAAGAGGUCUCUUCCAACCUCAGCCAUUUUGUGAUUCUCUGAUUUAAAAUUAGAAUUUCAAUCCGAACCAUUAUAUCUUUCUUUCCCUUUAGAAAUGAGCAAUCCUCAGUUUACUGAAGACAGCCGAUUUGCAUUUCUGCCUGCUUUUUCUUCUUGGCUUUCUUUGCCAUCCUCCACUUUCAGGCACUGUACGCUUGCAAAAAAGGAUCUUUUAAGUUUAAGUCGGAGACCUGCUCUCUCUUCUCCUCUGGCUGUCAGAAGUGCAGUUUCUGCAUACAGAGGUCUGUGGGUGGCUUUAAUUAGGACAGCAGAAACACGUGUCACCCAAGUGGGCCGUCGUCCCUUUACCGUCAGCUGCUGGCUGGGAUGCAGCCAGUGAAGCAACAGCAUUGGCUUGCCCAGGAACGUGAGGCAGAGCCCCCAUCUUACAAAGUCCAGAUGAGUCCUGCCUGGCUCAGUGGUUUGCCAGCAAAGGCUCUUAAUCUCCAAAAUCUCCCUCCUGCUUUGCAUUCUCUACUUUUCCUCCUUAUUACCUGAAUGAGACCAUUUUCCUGGAGGGUGUCCUUCCUGCUAGGAAGGGACCAGCUGAUGAGGACACUUAUUUGACAGUUUUCAGAGUUUCAGAAACCCUGAGAAACACUAAGCAGUUGCUUGCAUUCUGCUAAAUACCUUUUCUUGGGAUUAAAACUCUUCUCUCAACCCAAGCAAAGGCAGUCUUCAAUAUGAAAGGGAGCAAAAAAAAAAAAAAGUGGGAAGCAUGUGAUCGUCUAUGACACUGCCAGCCAUUUGUAUAUCUUCUUCUUGUCUCUUUGCAUUGUAAAACUGUAUUGAGCCAUUCUUCUUGUCAGGAGUGCAGUGUUUGAGGAACACCCACUCUUCAGCCCAGGAACACUACAGAGGAAAUGAAGCACCCCAGUGGUGCAGCAUGCCUGGUGGCACCGAUACUAUCAGCUCCAGGGCUUGUUUCUCUAUUUAGUGAUUCUUCCAAGCUUUCUUGUGCCAUAGUUUGAUACCAACACCUGUAAGUUUUCAUCUUGCUGCUAUGCUAAUGAUGGGAGCUGGCCAGGAAGAAGCAGAUCAAUGCAAACAGCAAGCGCAAAGCUUAGUGGCAGGUGCCUUGUUCUCGCUGCUUGGGUUCUGUACACGUGGACUCUUUUACUCAACAGCAGCAUAAUCAUGUUCCUCCCAGGUACUUCUCCUGCCUUUUAUCCAUGCUUGCUCCUUUUGUGGCCUUGGGUAAGUCACAGUUUUUUUUUGCAGCCAGAUCCUCAUCUGAUGUAAGUAGGCAUGAGCGUAGGAGGGCCAGUGCUCUACCAGGUUAUAACAGCCAGGACCAGGACCUGUGUGUCUGUUCUCAUCCCAUUUUGAAAAUUGUGGUAUUAGCACUUACCUACCUCACAAAGAUGCUGUAAGGAUUAAUGCUUAUACAGCACUCAGAAGAUGUAAAGUGCUAUAUGUCUCAAAUAUUAAUGUACUGUAGUGAUAAGAAUACUUCUAGGCAUCUGCAGAAGCAUGGAAUGCGUUACUGCAUUUUUGAUUUGCAUUAGACUGAAAGCAAAGGAAACAUAUUUAUUCAUGUGGUCUAACAGGAUAGGCUGAGCUACACUUGAACCUCUGUGGAGGUUUUAGCUUAAAAGCCUGAACUCUAAUCUCUGUUUGGCAAACAGUUUUUAGUUUAUCUAAAAGCCUCAACCAAAUUCUUAGAUGUGAACUGUGCAUCUGAAUCUUGCAGUCUAGUCUCAUCCUUAUCUGCUAGCUAGAAUGAAUCUAAUCCAGCCAAAACACAGUGCUCUUACAGUCUGCGAUGGCUGUUGAAAAGACUGGAACAGAAAAUGAAGUCAUUCUAUUCAACAUUCAUCCUGCAGAAGGUCAGCUAGGUUUCAGGAGACAGCUUAAAAAGGGAUGUUUAAUUCUGUGAUUCUAAGUUUACUGGCUUUAAUAUCAGCGGAGAAGGAAGGCCUUGAUAGAAUCAAUAAGGUCGACACAUCCUUCUUGAAUUAUUUCCUUUUAACCUGAAACAAAGUAGUAGCAGGUUCUAUACUGAAGGAAGUACUUGCACCAUCAAUCCAAUCAGAACAAAAAUAUAUCUAGAAAUAGAGCUCUAAACCAUCACCAUGUACUCAAUGACUAUAAAAAUGCCACAGUUCACUGGAUUCAGAUCUAGACUGCAGCUAGAAAUGACUUGGUUCUGGUAGCACUAGCUGCUGUAUAAUGCAAAUGGAAGUGAGAAGUUACCAAGAAAUGUGAACUGUGUACAUGUGAAAUGGACCAUAAUUUUGAAGCAGCUGCAGUAAAAUCUUAUCUUAAUAUGAACUCAGAAGCAAACACAAUGCAAAUUUUCAUUGUUUCUUUACAAUGUAUGAUGGAUUUUAGUUUUCUUAGUUUGGAGGAAAUUUUCUUAAUGUUAUUUUAUUUUUGCUCUUAUUGUAAAAAAUAAAAAUAUAUGACUCUAGAUAGAUCACAAAUUAAAAAAGGUGGCCAGUUGGCAGGAAUGCCAAAAUUUCUGUGGCUCGUACUGUUUUUUUGUGGUGACACUAUGCUGCUGUAGGAUGAGCUACUGGAGUGGUAUGAAGCUCAAAAGGAAGGCUGAAGCACAAGGCCUGCCCACAGUCAGUCUCAUGCCAGAGGGAUGCAGGGACCAAGCUGCCAAGAUUGCAGUGGGAGCAACGACUGGUCCCAUUUGGGGACAGACAACAUCAGGAAACAGAAGAACUCUUUUCCCAACAGCCAAAAAUCAGGAAAUCAAAUCCAGCCCAUUGCAUGAGAGCAACAAGUCUGUACGAACACAUGGACUUAGACAUCACUCUUGUAGGCUUCUGCUAGAUCAAACCUCGUACCCCAUUCAGCAGGGACAUCUUGCUCCAGGCCUAGUGCGUGGGCAGGGCCAGGCCAGCGGGAACUAUUGAAAAAGAAUAAAUUUGAAAGCAAAGAAACCAACCCAAUCAACCAACAACAACACAACAAACCAACCAAAAACCAAAACAAGAGCACAGAUGCCACUGGGUAAGCAGUAGUUCUGCCUUACUGAGAUCACAGGAGUCUGUCCUGAAUACUAAGUCCAUGUCUUGUACCAUGUAAGCCUCUCACUCCGGCCCCUCUCCCACGCGUUCCAGACAGAGUGUGCCGAAAGAUGUGACUGAAGCAGCUGCUCUCCCCAAGGAGUCAGUAUUUUGCCAUGUGUGAAAGUCUCCAGCACUUACUUCCUUUACCAUGAUUGUAAAGGUCACCACAGGCAGUACGGCUACUUGAUCUGGGAUCUUUUCUUAACAUAUUUUUAUGCUGAUUUUACUGUUUUAAUUCUGUUUGGAAUGUAUUUUUUUUUCUCAUUUCUUCUGUGUGUAACAACAAUUAAAAAUAUUAAUUUACUGGGUA